AUGUCCUGCUCAGUGGUGGUUAAAAAACAUGAAUAUACAGAGCAACCUCUUAAUCAGGAGCCUCCCACGAAAGCCUUGAUUGACCAUUUCCUUACGCCCCAAGACAUCAGCUACGACCGCAACCACGGCCCAAUCCCACCCGUAUCCGAAGAGAAGCACACCAUCGGAAUCGGCGGCGUGGGACUCCAUUCCCUUGAACUCACAGUAGACCAGCUACGUUCCAAAUUCAGUCAACACACGGUCACCUGUGCGCUGCAAUGCGCAGGCAAUCGGCGACACACGAUGCGCACGCUCUUGAAGGAAGUCCAGGGAAUUGAUUGGGGCGACGCAGCCGUCAUGAACUGCAAAUGGAAGGGACCUCGUCUUCGAGACGUUCUGCUGCGGGCCGGUCUGAGAAAUAUUCCCAACAAUACUGAUCGCCAGCUAUACGUGGCGUUUUCGUGCUACAAAGUGGAAUGUCAAGAUGACGACUUUUUCGAAGCCAGCGUACCGUUGGAGAAGUGCUUGGAGGAGGACCGGGAUGCUAUUUUGGCACUGGAGGUAAAUGAUUCCCCCCUUACUGCAAAUCAUGGCUAUCCAGUCCGAGUGGUCCUACCGGGUAUAGUGGGUGUGCGAUGGGUAAAGUGGCUCGAGCGCAUCACCAUCCAAGAUCACGAGUCACCCAACGUGUACCAACAGCGCGACUACAAAGUCCUUCCACCGGAUGCGACGGACAGCGAGUCCGCGGAGCAAUACUGGGGCUGCACGCCUCCGAUGUACGAUUUGCCCAUCAACUCUGUUGUUGCCGUUCCGAGCGACGGGGAAACCGUGUCGGCACCACCUAGUGGCACGGUGGAGGUCAAAGGGUAUGCCAUUCCAGGGGGUGCAAAUGGGCCUGUUAUCCGGGUCGAGGUGUCUGGAGACGGUGGAAAAUCGUGGGUACAAGCGGAGUUGAACGAAUCGAGUCGCAGUUCGAAGUGGUGUUGGGUGCUAUGGAGAGCUAGUGUGAAAAUGACACUCGGUACAAAAGUCGACAUUUUGAGUCGCGCGACGGAUGCAGGUGGGAAUUCCCAGAAGGAGCACUCGCAGUGGAAUCUUCGAGGGGUUGGUUACUCUGGUUAUGGCCGAGCGAAGGACCUGACUAUCGUGUGA